UGGAGGGAGACAGGAGCUUCCAUUGUACACCUGCAGCAGCAGCGGACACAAGCUGACUUUCCCUUUGUUGAUGGCCGUGUGAACACACUGGCUUGGAAAUGGCUAGCGGAGCUGCUGAUUGCAGUGGCACUGGAGCCAAAGUGUUACAGUUCAUGCAGAGCCUGACUCGUAAGAAACCUAUGGAGCCAGAAGGUGAGGAGUCCAACUUCUGCCGAUGCCUGACCACCUGGGACCUGGUGGGUCUCGGUGUUGGCAGCACCCUUGGAGCUGGUGUAUACGUGCUAUCAGGAGAGGUGUCCAGGGAAGUGGCCGGGCCCAGCAUUAUCCUCUCCUUCCUGGUUGCAGCGUUGGCUUCGGUAAUUGCCGGGUUGUGUUAUGCUGAGUUUGGAGCCCGGGUGCCCAAGACGGGCUCAGCUUACCUUUACACCUAUGUGGCUGUAGGUGAGGUCUGGGCAUUUGUGACUGGCUGGAACCUGCUGCUGUCCUACGUGAUUGGGACAUCCAGUGUAGCGGUAGCCUGGACUGGGACCUUUGAUGACCUGAUUGAAAACGUUAUUGGUAAAACUCUGGAAAAACAUACACCAAUGGACUUUCCUGGCUUGGCUCCAUACCCAGACUUCUUUGCUGCUGGACUCAUUAUGCUGCUCGCUGGGAUUCUUGCGCUUGGUGUGAAGGAGUCGGCCGUCGUGAACACAGUUUUUACUGCACUGAAUGUAAUUGUGUUGGUUUUUAUCAUCAUCGCUGGCUUUAUAAAAGGAGACAUCAACAACUGGUACAUCAGUCCGGAGACUAUCCUGAAUGCAACUCGACACAUGGAGAACCUUACAUCAUCACAUAAUGAAACCGUUGACUUUGGUGUUGGUGGCUUCUUCCCCUUUGGCAUUCAUGGCACAUUAGCAGGAGCAGCAACCUGUUUCUAUGCUUUUGUUGGAUUUGACUGCAUUGCCACAACAGGUGAGGAGGUGCAGAACCCACAGAAAGCCAUACCGAUUGGGAUCGUGGUGUCCCUGCUCGUCUGCUUUCUGGCCUACUUCGGCGUGUCGGCCACUCUGACUCUCAUGAUGCCCUACUAUCUGCUCGACAGCCACAGCCCUCUACCUGUGGCCUUUGAGUACGUAGGCUGGGAGCCGGCAAAGUACGUUGUGGCCGUGGGAUCGCUGUGUGCACUCUCGACAAGUCUCCUGGGAGUGAUGUUUCCAAUGCCGCGAGUGCUCUUCGCCAUGGCGAGAGACGGCCUGAUCUUCAAGCCUCUUUCUUACAUGAGCUCCAGGCAAAGCCCUGUCGUUGCCACGCUGUCUUCAGGAGCCGUAGCAGCGGUCAUGGUCCUGUUGUUUGACUUGAAGACGCUGGUUGACAUGAGUUCAAUCGGGACCAUCUUUGCGUACACUCUUGUCGCAGUGUGUAUUCUUAUAUUAAGGUACAAGGAAGACCCUGGUCUCAUCCACAGACCGGAAGCAUUUAGUGUGAUGGGGCUGUUGAAGCCUCCGGCACGACCCACCCACCGCACUUCAAAAAAUGUCAACAUAUUCAUCGUUAUUAUUUUGUUCCUGGUGAUCGUUUUAAGCGCGCUGCUGUCCGAGGCAUUGGAUUCUCUCCAAAGACGAGAGUUGUGGAGCGUGCUGCUCAUCAGUGUCCUUGCCCUGACACUGGUCCUCGCGGUCGUUAUCGUCUGGAGACAGCCACAGAGCACAAUUAAAGCUGCUUUCAUGGUACCCGGUCUCCCUGCAAUUCCAGUUUUAAGUAUCUUCAUCAACACUUACCUGAUGGUUCAGCUGGAUGGAGAAGUUUGGAUUAGCUAUGCUGUGUGGAUGGCAGUAGGCUUGAUCAUCUACUUUGGCUACGGGGUUCAUCAUAGUGUCCAGAAACAAAGGCUCUAUGAGGCACGCACCCAGCAAGAUGUUGUUCCUGUAAACAGGGUGGUGGUGGUUGCUGCUUGAUGUGUAUGGGAUUGUGUGACGUGCUGCUCUCCACUUAACAUGGUUUAAGUUGGCUACAGAAUAUGGUUCAUCAAGGAAUUACCUUGAAAUCCAUUUUAGCAUUUUAUUCAGGUUUCAGGCCAAGUUGAAUUGGGCUGUUCCUUUUUGUUUUUAUG